UAGAAUUAAAUAAAACAACAAACACCACCCCCAAAAGCAACCUGAGCAAUGCCUCAUGAACCAUUUUCCCGUUUCCAUGCACUUUUUACAGUGAAAUUUUCGGUUUUUUUGGGUUUGUAAGUGGAUUGAUUAAGCACAAAUUAUGAUAACAAGCUACUAAUAAUCUAAUAUGUCCCUUUCAUUUUUCUCAGUUUCUUUCAACUUGCAAGGCACCCAUCUACCACCAACUCCUGGUUUGCGUUCCCACCACUUCAAGAAACUGGAUUAUAUCUUCUUUGAUCCAUGGUUUCAGGCUCCAAAAAUCAGACAAAUUCCCCUGCCAUGACUCUCAAAAUCUUAAUUCCUUGGAUUCCAACCUUAAUUCUACUAUAUUUGCCUGUUAUUAGCCCCUCCAACUUCACCUACCCGGCCGUUUUCAACUUUGGGGACUCGAAUUCCGACACCGGCGGCCUGGCAGCUGGAGUUGCUUUUCCAGUAGGCGCCCCGAACGGAGAAACCUACUUCAACAAGCCGUCCGGCCGGUUCUGUGAUGGCCGCUUGAUCAUUGAUUUUCUCAUGGAUUCAAUGGACUUACCAUACCUAAACGCAUAUCUGGAUUCCAUCGGCGCCCCAAGCUUCCGAACGGGCUGCAACUUCGCCACUGGAGGGGCGACCAUACUUCCGGCCAAUGCCGCUUCUCUUAGUCCCUUCUCGUUCGGGCUUCAGGUGGCGCAGUUCAUCCGAUUCAAGGCCCGGGUUCUUGAACUACUGGGAAAAGACAAAAAGUUACAGAAGAUCCUCCCCUUAGAAGACUAUUUCAGGGAUGGACUCUACGGUUUCGAUGUGGGACAGAAUGAUCUUGACGGUGCUUUCUACUCGAAAUCAGAAGACCAAGUGGCUGCAUUCAUCCCAACCAUACUCUCAGAAUUCGAAGCUGGAGUUGAGAGACUGUACAACGAAGGGGCGAGGAACUUGUGGAUUCAUGGGAUGGGUCCUCUAGGAUGUUUGCCUAGAAUCAUCGCGACGUUCGGAAAAGAUGCAUCGAAAUUGGAUCAAUUUGGAUGCGUUAAUUCUCAUAAUCGCGCGGCUAAGCUUUUCAAUUCGCAACUGCACGGUCUCUGCGCCAAGCUUGGCAGCCAACUCCCGCAAGUUAAUGUCACUUACGUUGAUAUUUUUGCUAUUAAGCUCAACCUCAUUGCAAAUUUUUCUCAAUUAGGCUUCAAGGAAUCCAUAGCGGCAUGCUGCGGCUACGGCGGGCCGCCCUUAAAUUUUGACAAUCGGAUAGCCUGCGGCCAGACGAAGAGCCUGAAUGGAAGCUUGGUGACUGCAAAGCCCUGUGAUAACACAACCGAAUAUGUGAAUUGGGAUGGAAACCAUUACACAGAAGCUGCAAACUCAUAUGUUUCUUCACAAAUACUAACGGGCAAAUUCUCCGACCCACCCCUCACUGAAUUCACCAUUUCUCCAAGUGUGUUCCACACUGGCUUUAGAAAACGUUUUUGAUUUUUUU